UACAUUAUAAAUAUGGCUGUUCUUGUUUGCACUUGUUGCCAAGGCAAUAAAGAGAAUAUCUGCAAACACGUAGAUUGGGACAGUAUUGUUUUACCAUCAGAAAAAUACAGGGAAGCAGUAGAUUAUGACAGUAUAUGUAGACUGUAUUAUUUUAUUGUUACAAAUGAGGAACCUCUUGAAGAAUGGUUAGAGCUUCUGUAUAGCUAUCAGAAUGCAAUGGCUUCAAAUUCUUCUGAAUGUUUGGAGCUAAUGGACAUAGGACUGCUCUGUGAAAGUGAAGAAGAGAUGCCAAACACGCUUGUCAUAAAGGCAGUUCUGUACGAAAGAAAUAAUGAUUUAAUAGAAGAAAUACAAGCUUCUCUCUCAGAUUUUUCAAAUAAAUCCCCUAAGGAAGUGAGGAAAUGGCUUGAAGCCAUGUGCGAAAAAUUGAGGAAGUUUAAAACUCCAUGGAGAGCUCCAUCAAACCAGCCUCAGGACUGAAGACCACAACAGCAACAAAACUCCAUCUGAAUGUGCAUAUGCAUCUUAUUUGGCAAAUUCUGGUGAAGGAAAAUCGAGAAAAUCUUAUGGUAACUACAUUCCCGUUCAGCCCAUAGCAAGCAGAUAGCAGUAUAAAGAACAAGUUGGUAGGCUGCAAAAUGGCUCUAAGAACUAUGGAACUUAACAUUUGAGGUCAUCAGUCCCCUGGACUUAGAACUACUUAAAGCUAACUAACUUAAGGACAUCACACACAUCCAUGCCCGAGGCAGGAUUCGAACCUGCAACCGUAGCAGCAGCGCAGUUCUGGAAUGAAGCGCCUAGAACUGCUCGGCCACAGCAACCGGCUGUGCUGACCUCUGAACAUACAAUGCUAUUGGCUAACUUGAGUAAAUUAAUAAUGUGUGCUAAUGGUGGUGUAACCGCCAAAACUAAUCCACCAAAGAAAUAAAAAAAUUGCAGCUGAAAACUGCCUCAAGACUGACCCCACAUCCAGUAUGGAUAAAGGCUACUGACAUCCAAGUGUCAGGUACCAUUUUUUAAAUAAUUGUUAUUUUAUCUGAAGGCAGCUCAAUUAAUAUAA